CCGAAAGCAUUAUCUCAGAGGGUUAUCUUUUGUAAGGAGAAGCUGGAAACUGGAUAUUGAGAUGGCAAUGUAAUGACGGCUAAAUUGUGUGCUUGGUAGUUCCUCGCCACUGGGAGGCUUUACCUGCCACCGUCUUACGACCUUGUGACUUGAACCAUGGAUCUUCACGAACUUUUCCUGAGCUGUAGGCGAGGUGACCUGCCGAGAGUGAAGUAUUUGGUGGAGCAAAAGGAAAUAGAGCUGAAUGUCAGGGACAAGUGGGACAGUACUCCUUUAUAUUAUGCUUGUCUCUGUGGCCACAAAAGCCUUGUGAAGUAUUUAUUAGAUAAUGGAGCAAAGUGUGAGGCAAACACAUUUGAUGGGGAGAGGUGUUUAUAUGGUGCCUUGACUAAGGAGAUAAAAAACCUCCUGAAGUCCUACAACAUGGUCUCAUCGAGAACAAUGAGGAGGGAUCUGUAUGAUGAAUUUCUGAGGCGAUUGCUGGAGGAUGCGUUUUAUACAGAUGUGGUAUUUGUUGUUCAAAGGGAGUCGAUUCCAGCCCAUAAGAGUAUACUGAGUGCGAGAUCUGUCUAUUUUAAUGACAUGUUCCAUACAAAAUGGAGAGACAGGAGGGAGAUCCAUCUCAAUAACCAGCUGGUUUUACCUUGGGCCUUCCGAUCCAUUUUGCAAUACCUCUAUACAGGGCACUUAGAAGUGCACAUUAAGAACAUGGAAGACUGUAAAAGAUUAGCAAAGCAGUGCCGUCUUCAUGAACUUAUAGAGCAAAUGGAAGACAAAGUAAAGAAAAUUGCCUCUUUCCAAUCCACCAAGCUGGGAGUAAAUGUGACCACAUUGUGUACAGAGCCCAAUUCUGAGGAGCUUCAGCUUCACCUGGGGAAGCUAGCAGACAUGGCUCUUCCUACAGAACUUAGUAACUGGGCUCUUGGAGAAUUGCCAUUUGAACCAGAAGCUGUCUGUUUGUUCCCUGAUGUUUGCUUUGUUGUUGAAGGACAUAACUUCCUGUGUCAUAAGGCUUUCUUCUGUGGACGAAGCGACUACUUUAAGGUGCUGUUACUAGACCACUUUGGUGAGCUGGAGACAAGUGACGAUCUCCCCACGCUGACUUUACAUGGUAUCAGUGUAGAUGUCUUCAUAGCUGUGAUGUACCACAUAUACCAAGAUAAUUGCCAGUUAAACAAGGAGCUGGUGUAUGAGGUACUCUGUAUAGCAGACAUGUACCUGUUACCUGGAUUAAAGCGCCAGUGUGCUGCUGUGAUUGGACAAUACAUGGACACGGAGAAUGUCAUCAGCAUACUGAGGACAGCGCGAGUGUAUAAUCUGCCUCGCCUCCAAGACCAGUGUGCCCAGUAUAUGGCUGAGAAUCUAGAUGAGAUCAUCCAACGUGAAGAUUUUGCUGCUUUAGUUCAAGAAGAUGCCGCUGAGGUUGAGAUGAGAGAAGAGACAGAUACAAUAGACAUCAUUGAUGAAAUUCGCUUUCACAUCACAAAUUUUGUACAGACAUUCAGUGAGGUAGAAGAGGCGAAUGAGAAACUAGUUGCAAUAGAUGAUCUACUUGAACAUCUGGAUCUAGAAGGAUAGAAGGAUAAACUAGAAGGAUAAUUAUUUAUACUGGAAAUUUGUGCCAUAAAUAAAUCUCAACAUUUCACUCUGAAAUUUGCUUAUGGAUCCCUUUACAGGUUUGAAGCAAUAUGGAGUUGUGCAUUGCAAUCGAGAAAGAUGAAUGAGUCUUCAUAAAGCAUAGUUCAAUUAAAUCAAAAGUUGAGGUCUAUUUUCAGGAAUUUUUCAGAUCAGAAAUUGUUGAUAAUAGACCUCAACGUUUAAUUAAUUUGAACUAGAAAGAACACAGUAAUUAUAAGAUAAAGGCUUUGUGUUAAUUUCUUGCCUGUUCAUGAUGAUGAACUGAGUGAUUCUCCAUGUAAAUGUGUAAACAAUGUAUUGUAAUAAUUUUACGGUGUACCUUUUGGAUAAUUGCACUACACAGUUAGUCCCCUACCCUCUAUUGAAGAUGGAUCUUGGCAGGUGUAUCCCGAGCAUCUGAAAUCUAGUAGCUUGCCAGUUUACACAGACAUAGCUUACACAGGCAAUAUUAGAGAAAGCAAUGGUACACAAAAUAUUAGGGGUGGUAUAGCAUUUAUUGAGCUUACAUGUAGAGUAAAAAAAUCAUGAGCUGGAUAUCCCAUUAUUGAUUGGAUGGGUGCAUAUUCAGUACAGUAAACUACUGAAUUCCUGACUUAGUGCAUUGUGUAUAGGGAUUAAUAUUUAACAAAGUGUUAGGGGUGAUUUCUCAAAAAGUACUGCAUGUAUUGAGCUCACAGUCUGCACACAUGUAGAACAGUCUAGCAGGAGGAAUAUUUCAUGGUUUAUUUGGUGUGUACAUAUUAAGCACCAUAAAUUGCUGAAUUCCUGACUAUUAGUUAUGAGAAUCAAUGUUCACAUGUAGAGCAUAGAAGUACAAAGGGGAUAUUCCAUCAUUGAUUGGGUGUGUGCAUAUUAAAUACUGUAAAUGACUGAAUUCCGGACUUAGUGUAUUGUGUAUUAGAUAAGCAAAAUUUUAGGGUUUGUAUCAUAAAAAAGUAUUGUAUUUAUUAACCUGAAGCUUUACAUGCAUAUAAAGCAUCACUCUGUGCUCUGUGAGCAUAUUAAUUACUAUAAAUUACCAAAUGCACAAUUUCAGUUCUUUAAGCAUUGGGCAUUCAUGUGUUUUAUACAGAAGAGCUCUUUAGUAGCCUUGCUACCAAUUCUAAGUUUUUAUGUGAACUGCACAUUGUUGCCAUACUGAUGACAGUUAAUAGGUUACUUUAGUAUCAUGUCAUCUUGUGUACAUUAGUUGACAUGUCAUACAGGUAAGCCUCUUAAAGAAACUAUACCAGAGAAUUUCUUUAUCACAACUUGUAUAUAACUUGAAUUAAUGAAGUAGACAUGCAUGCUACAGGAUUAAAAAUAAGCAUUUGAGAACAAAUUAGAUUAGAAACGCAAUUUUCUACACUUUCCUUUGACAAACACAAUCUCAUAAAUAUUGAAGUUUAGGGCAGACCAUUUUCCCAACUGUCAAUCUUACGCAGAGAAUGGAAUGAAAUGUAAGCAUUCAUUUUGUAUGACAUUUACCAAGUCACUUUCUACAUCCAUGCAUUAUAACUGGGUCGAAAUGUAACUACUAAGAGAAUAAAUUAUUGUGUAAAAACAUAAGAUUACUUCUGAAAGUGCAUAAAGUUGUGUAUUGGGGUGAAAACUGAAAGUUCAGUUUGGAUUGAUUAAACCGACAAUUUCUGACAGUUUAAUAUCUGUUUGUUUUAAUUAUUUUAAAAAUAGAGUAUACAUUUUUUAAAAAAAUAAACAAGCAAUAUCCCCAACCUUCUAGAUUUUCUAAAAAUUCAGUUUAGCUUAAUAUUUUAUAGUAAUAUUCUGUCAGUUUUUUUUCUGCUUUAAUUCAUGAACCAAGAAGUUAUACCCUAACUACCAGUAAUGGUUUCUGCUGGAAAUCCAUUCUCUUCAAAUUCAGCUCUCACCAACUCACCUAUGCCUUUAAAUUAGGAAAUUCAGGUACUUUGCAGGCAGUACUAUGUGGAGAUCUUUUCAUGCUAAAAUAUUCCUGUGUACACUGGAGAAGUUUUGGAAGUGAGCUUCUGUGAGACCGUUUGUUCAAAAGUGUAUUAAUACACUUCUGAAGAAUGGGGGCCAAUCCCACAAAGACAUUUCUGACUUCAGUAAAAAAUUCAAUACCUUGUCACAGUGCUUAGUUUUUGGUACUUGAUGUAGCCAUUUUAACACAUUUAUCUUUAUAUAACAUUGCCAAAAUUUUACAGGACUCCAAAAUAAGCUCCAAAAUCUUAUUUCAAAUUUUGACUUAAGUCUGAAAUGGCUUUGUGGAAUAAAUCCCUGGGCCCUGGAUAAACAUAAGACACAUUAUCUUCAGAUGCUCAUAUGCUC